AUGGAGCUCUCCAUGACGUUGGCCCUACCCAAGCUCCUCCUUCUGCUCCUACCUCUACUCUGCUUCUUUUGCUUAUGCCGAACCACCAGGAAGCAACCUCACGCCGACGGGCUCAAGGUUUAUCCCAUCGUCGGCACGCUCCCGCACUUCAUCAAGAACCAGCACCACCUCCUCGAGUGGUCGGCUGGUAUUAUCGCUCGUUGCCCCACACACACCAUGUUUUUUAACUUCAAGGGCCUUGGCCUUAAUGCCGGCGCCAUCACUGCUAACCCAGCCAAUGUGGAAUACAUUGUGAAGAGCAACUUUCAGAACUACCCCAAGGGUGAGUUCGUGUUUUCUGUCAUUGAAGACUUGCUCGGUCACGGCAUCUUCAACUCAGACGGCGACCAGUGGCUUUCUCAGCGCAAAGCUGCCAGCUAUGAGUUUAGCAAACGCUCGCUGAGAAACUUCGUGGUCAGCACCGUUCGGUUUGAAGUCAUCGAGCGGCUGCUGCCGCUGCUCUCCCAGGCAGAGCGAGACGGCCGGACACUCGAUGUGCAAGAUGUUCUAGAGCGCUUCACGUUCGACAACAUCUGUCGCGUCGCCUUCAACGAGGACCCGGCAUGCCUCACCGAGGAGGGCCUUGGGGUGAACGGGCCUGCAAAGUUCAUGCGUGCCUUAAACGACGCGCAGAGCAUCGUCAUGGCCCGGUUGAUAUCACCGGUCAAUUGGGCAUGGCGGAUCAAGAAGCUACUCAACAUGGAGCCAGAGAGGCGGAUGCGCGAGGCGCUCGCAACAAUCCAUGGCUAUGUGGACAGGAUUGUCCACGAGCGCAGGGAGAAGGGAACAGCCGGGCUGGCGCGCGAGGAUGACUUCCUGUCACACUUUGCUUCGAGCGAAGAGCACAGUGAAGAGAGCCUCCGUGACGUGGUCACCAACUUCAUCGUAGCUGGGCGAGACACGACCUCCUCGGCACUCACUUGGUUCUUCUGGAUGGUAUCUGGUCGGCACGAGGUGGAGGAUAAGAUCAUGCAUGAUAUCCGCACCGUGCGGGCAUCCAGCGGGAGCAAGGAUGCGGCGUUCAGUUUCGACGAGUUGGGCAAGAUGCACUACCUGCAUGCUGCAAUCACAGAGUCCAUGCGGCUAUACCCGCCCGUGGCCAUGGACUCGCGCUGCUGCCAGCACGACGACAUCCUGCCAGAUGGCACAUUCGUGGGAAAAGGUUGGCAGGUCUCCUAUAGCUCGUACGCCAUGGCGCGGUUAGAGGAGAUAUGGGGCAAGGACUGCGCGGAGUUUAGGCCGGAGCGUUGGCUCGACGAGGAGGGUGCAUUUCGACCGGUGAGCCCGUUCAAGUACACUAUCUUCCACGCUGGCCCAAGGAUGUGCCUCGGCAAGGAGAUGGCCUACAUACAAAUGAAGUCCAUCGUUGCAUGUGUACUCGAGAGGUUCAGGCUCCUGUACAUCGGUGGCGACAGGCAGCCGGGCCUUGUGUUUUCGUUGACAUUGCGAAUGGAAGGCGGCUUGCCGAUGCAAGUGAAGAAGAGGGAUUACUAA